CUAAUGUGUCUCCAUCCAGUUUGUGGUAGCUCACACUUCAGUUUGGAUAAACGCAUGUGCGUAUGUUGUAUUCAAACUGCCAUUGGACACAGAUGACGCCAAUACAUGUAUAUAUGUAUACCGAAUGAAUUCGACGAGGAUACUCAUACCGCUUUUGUACGACCAACUUAGUGCAUGGAAGCGGCACUCGAGCAAACGGAAAAUAACAGUACCAGAAUAUGAAGAAGAGGUUCUAUGCCAAACCGUCGGACCGCACACGUGUUUGUUAUUGGAUCUCUCGCUCAGUCACCUCGAAUUUUAUCUCAUGCCUCAUCCUUGGCUCAGGAGGGUUGGUCUGUCACGUUAUCUGGGCAUAUAUUGGAGUCGGACAAAGUUUACGGAACCGAUCGCUUGACUGUACGCCCCCUACCAGUUGGACCUGAUUUCCGUAAAUUUGUCUACCCCACCAUCCUGGCGCUUUUCUUCAAGAUUACCAAUCCGACCGUUUAGUUCAUGUGGAUUUCCGUCAUAUUGACAUGGCAUUUGAUUGCGUAUUGUCGGAGCCACCUGUUACUGGUACAAAACCCUCCAGCUGUUCCAACCCUCUUCCUGGUUUGGCUCUAUGUUCGCUUGACGGGCAAACAUCUAGUGAUUGAUUGGCACAAUUAUGGACACACUCUAUUGGAGUUGAAUUCUCAUCGCCCAACCAUAUUGUCUCGACUUUACCGAUUGCUUGAGUUGGAUUUUGCAGCGAAAUUUCUUGCUUCCUCAAAAAAGGUUCAUCAUUUGUGCGUGUCGACAGCAAUGCAGCAGGAUUUGGUUGAACAUGGAAUAAACGCCACAGUUUUCUAUGACCGCGCUCCAGAAACUUUUACCCCGACUACAGCAGCCAACGCUCAUGACCUCUUCAUUAGACUGGGCACUGUGUAUCCAUGUCUGCAAGACCCAGAUGGGUCAGUUCGUCGCACUCGUUUUACCGAGAUCACUGCACUUCCCGCUGCAUUCGGCGGUAGCCAACCGCAGUGGCGACGAGACCGUCCCGUCUUGGUUGUAAGUAGCUGCAGCUGGACGCCGGACGACGAUUUCACCAUGGCUAUUGAUGCAAUGGACGCGUAUAACAAGGAGGCAGAGAGACGGAAACGCACUCAAUCUAACUUACCGUGCAUAGUCUUCGCCGUGACUGGUCGUGGUCCGCUGAAAGCUCAUUACACUCAGCUCAUUGCUGAAAAAUCUUGGGCAAACGUUGAAGUGAUUAUGCCUUGGCUCGAAUGGUCCGAUUACCCGGUGUUUCUUGGCUGCGCGGAUCUGGGCAUCAGUCUGCAUCGCAGCUCAUCCGGCUUGGAUCUACCGAUGAAGGUAGUCGAUCUGAUCGGCGUCGAAGUCCCAGUUCUGGCGUUGACCUAUCCGACGUUGUACGAACUGGUCCCGGACAACCAAAUCGGUGCUCAUUUUCGGAACGCAUCCGAGCUGACCAACUUGCUCGUCACACUUUUGACAAGACCCAUAGUGAACACCGCAUCCGGGCGUGCGAUGGUCGGCAGUGCACAGUUACAACGAUUCCGAGACCGCUUGCGUGACUACCACAAGCACAAUCCCCGGAUGUACGCGUAUUGGCGCAGCGUCGCCAUGCCCAUAUUUAAGCAAACAUUGAGCUGA